AUUUGGAUACAUCCGGGGCUUAGCCAGUGCGAGCGUUGUUACGUGCGCCUGCUGCCAGUCUGACUCCGCUGUUUUGGUUGAAAACAUUCGGGGCUAAUGAAAAAACAUCCGGGGCUUUAGCCCCGGGUUUUUUAGCCUAGGGACGCCACUGACCACCACCACACACACACAGACACUGUAUAACGAAGACUAGUCGAGGAAAGGGGCCAGAAUGCGUGCGCUGAUGUGACGUCGACAGAGAGGUCUCUGCCCAUGCUCACGAAGCUCCGCCAGACUGCAGCUGAUCGAUGUGUUGUAGUGAUGUAAUGUUGCCCGCUUGGUGACUACGAAUGGCGGUCUGUGCCAGGCUGUGCGGAGUGGGUCAGUCGCGGAGGUGCCGCCGGCGACAGCGGCACAACCAGCAGGAUCAGGGAAGCGAUUCCGACAUGGACGAGGAGGAAGAGGAGCAGAUCGUGGGUCAGAAGCGAGGCGACGGCGGAGGCGGAGGCCCGGACCGCGGCGGCGCCGCUGCAGGGCCGAGUAUCGCUUGUGAAUAUGGCAGCGCUCAUGUCAACAGAGGAGGCUCUCUGGAUCGCCCGAGCACCGGACCUCCGCACCCGCAAUCGUUGGCGGAAUUACCGCCGGAGCUUUUAGUGGAAAUAUUCUCCUUGCUCCCCGGAACCGCACUACCAAUCGUUGCCCUCGUAGGCAAGAAAUUCAGACAAAUCCUUAAGACUGAAACCAUCUGGAGAAGGCGGUGCAUGGAAGAGUUUGGUAUGAAGGACGAUCUGAGGAAGAUGGAAGUGGGAGGCGUAUCUAGCCGGGACCUCUAUGUUAAACUGCUCCACCCAUACAGACAUAUCUUGGGCUUAUGGCAGCCUGACAUAGGGCCUUAUGGGGGAUUGCUCAACGUUGUGGUGGACGGGCUGUUCAUCAUCGGCUGGAUGUAUUUGCCGCCUCAUGACCCCCGUGUAGAGGAUCCCAUGAGAAGACGGCCGCUCUUCCGUAUCCACAUGCAGGAGAAUGAAAAGACUGCUGUGGAGUGUAUGUACGGACACAAGGGUCCGCACAAAGGGGACAUACAGACUGGGAAGAAGGAUGAAUUUUCAACAAAGUGUAAUCAGACCGAUUACCACCGCAUGCCAGGGGGUAGACAGGAGGAGUUCAGGACGUGGUUGGAGGAAGAAUGGGGACGGACACUUGAAGAAAUAUUCCAUGAGCACAUGCAGGAGCUCAUCCUCAUGAAGUUCAUUUAUACUAGUCAAUACGAUAACUGCUUGACAUACCGGAGGAUCUACCUGCCGCCUGUGAUGCCCUUUGACCUUCUGGACCCGGGCCUCUUCAAAGGCACCUAUGGCAGUCACGGCCUGGAGAUCGUCAUGUUCAGUUUCCACGGGACCUCUGCGAGAGCCACCAAGCUCACUGGAGACCCCAAUGUUCCUGCAGGGCAACUCACUUUAGAUGUUGACCUGAGCCGGCCUGUAGUCCUCCCAGACUUGGAGCACCAGCGCAACAUAGAGGAUCUGUCCCGGCUGGUUCUGGGGAUACAUGCAGAAGUCCAGAGAGAAGAACAGCAACAGGCCAAGGACACGUCUGCCACAGCCAGAGGUGUAGCAGAGGGGCCAUGUGGUGAUGCCAGCGUAGGGGUGGAGGAGGACCGUGUGACCUGUUCAGACUGCUGCCAGCCCGGCCCCAGCAGCAGGACCGGUCUUCCUGAAGCCCAGCCCUUUGUCCUGCCCCUAGGAGUUAUGGCUCGCAACGAGGUCUACCCUCGCACCUGUAGGAAAUGCUUCUACGGUACAGGCCUGAUCGCUGGGCAUGGCUUCACAAGUCCAGAGCGCACCCCGGGGCUUUUUGUGCUGUUUGAUGAGGACCGCUUCGGCUUCAUCUGGCUGGAGUUGAAGUCUUUCAGUUUCUACAGUCGGCUGACGGACGACCUAGCUCACGUGUACGCCCCAAAUAUGGAGCGAUUUGAGGCCAUGCUGUGCAGCAUGCAGUGCUGGACAUCUUGAUGCACCAUAUUUUAAGUGUCCCCCCUCCAACCCCACCCCGCCCCACCCACAAUACAAUGUAUAAAAAACAACCAUUUUAAACAAAUCACCUCCUGCUGUCCUUUGAGUCAUGAGCUAUGACAUACCACGAGAGCUCAUGAACGCACUUUUCAACGUCUUAUCGGUACAUUUCACAAACAUUGAGUUUUACCGUCUAAUUAAAUGAGUUCUGUUCCCCCUGGUCUAGCACUCUUAGACUCCUGUUCCCAUGCAAGCACUUUAAAAGCCCCCCCAAGUCGCUGUUCAUCGCCUCACCUCAGGAUGACCUUCAACCUCUAGUGCAGCAUGAAAACAGGUCACAUUAACCUAUCUUUAUUUAUUUAUUUAUUCCCUGCAGGAGAAAAGGAAUGAUAUUUCACACUGCUUAUUAUAAAUCAAACUACGUGCCUGAUUCUAAAACCAUGUCUGUACUUGAUGAUGACGAUAAGGUGCCCAAUGUAUUCUACUAUAAAGCAUUAUUCUGAGUUCAGCGCCAAACAUAUUUAACUGAAUGCUGCUUUUUAUUUAGAUCUAAUCACAUCUUACUCAUAAGUCAUAACCAUUAUCUGAACAGGAUGUUUUAUUCUCAUUAAACAGCAUGCCUUGC